AUGACCGCAGCGACCGCCAUGUCCGGGAACCCCGCGUCGCCUCCCGCGUCGCCUCGCGCUUCGGCUCCAGCUUCGGCUCCUUCCCUGUUGUCCCUCACACAUUCUAAUACCACGCGCUUCACGCAAAUACCACCCCAAUACGACGCUACCGCACAUUCCCCUCACGACGAGCCCUGCCCCACACCACCACUAGCUCGACUCCUCGUGCGGGGCGCUGCCGUUGGAGCCGUAGCCCUCGUUCUGCUAGUCGCUCUCCUUGCCACGUGUCACGCUGUGGGAAGCGAGUCCUACCGCUACUACCCGGCGCGCUCUCCUGUGUCGCCGAGCUUCUCGCGGAGGUCGCUAGCAGCAGGAGGAGGCGGUGCCGCGUCUGGUUCGGGCGGGAAGCUAACUCCGGGAUUCGUGGCAAAUAUCACGGCGGGAGUGAAGGUGGUGAUUGCGAGGGUGUACGCGAUAAAUAAGGGCCGCGCUAAAACGAAGAUGACGGAUUCCUGCGCCAAUGACUGCCUGUCUCUGAUGGCCACGGCGCUAGAUCAUCUAACCCACGUGUCCACGGCGCUCAAGACGCACAGCAGCGCGAGUGACGUGCCAUACUGGCUGACCGCAGCGCAGGACCAGGUCACCACGUGCCUGGACGGGUUCAGAGAGUUUUCCCCAUCGACGCUCGCCACACCCGUCGGAAAAUCUCUCCAGGCACAUGGCAGACAGGUCAAGAAAUCUCUGGACAGAGCGAUUAAAUUGUCGCUUCACUCUGCAUGA